AUGACGGUUCCAGAGUCAAAGGCCAGGACUCAACAUGGAAAGCAGCUGCCUCGAGGCCAGCGGAUUGGCAAGACCCUGAGGGAAGAAGAGACGAACUGGCCGACCCUGCAGACUGCAUUCCUGACGGUGACAGAGCACCUGACACGGGCAGGCCCGCUCGUUGGCUGCCUGCCGACUGCUGCCAGUGGACGCGCAAUUGGGCGGAAGCGAGUUCUUGGGAAACUGCACACUAACAGGGCUCCCGCGCGGACUGCUGCUCUCGGGAAAUCUCUGUCGGGAUUUAAAAGCUUUGGUGCCGCCACCUCCUUCGCAAAAGCUGAGGACGACGGGGAGCAGAGCGUCCCCUCCCUCCUGCGACUUCUGUGGCAGUGGCAGAGCCUCAGACGGGACGAGAGCCGAGCUUCCCACUCAGCAGGAGGGAUCCUGGAGGUUCAGUUUUUGAUGCCACACGGCCCGCUGUCCCAAGGGUGCCACACAAGCGUCACCUCCGUGGCCGCCCCUGCCAACGACCCACAGAGACAAUCUCACUAUGUGACCCACACUCACCUGAAAUCUCGGGCUCAAGCGAUCCUCCUGCCUCAGGCUCCCCAGCAGCGGGACUACAGCGGGACUACCACCACCCUUGGCACAUGCUGCCACGAAAACCAGCUCCGUCCCACGUGGCAAGAGCGGCCGGUUGGUGCAGCGUCCUCGGAGAGGCAGGCGACGCGAGGACUCGGAGCCCCGAGCCGAGGACGACUGCGACGGAAGGACGAGCCGGGGCCUUUCGUGUCGCCGGGCAGGAUCUGCUGGGCGGGGGAGCAGGACGCCGGUGAGAACGUCGCGGCGACAAGGCCCCGUAUGAGGAGGAAAAGAAACAGGCUGUCACACAACCCCAGACGCCUUUUCCAAGAAGCCGACUUCCGUGCCGGGCCCCCUGCUCCGGGCGACAGCAGCAAGCCCGGUUCUCGCGCUGCCGCCCGGCCCCGCCAGCUGCCCCGCCACGGCCACCUGCAGGGAUGUCGGCCGCCUUCCUGCCCGCGACAUGCGCCUUCCAGUGAGCAAGACACCGAUGCCACAGAGGCCUCACCCAUGCCGCAGCCUCGCUCAGGAACCCACACGGGGUGCUCUGUCGCUGGCCGCACAGAAAGCCACUUACUGAGACAAUGAGGACUGUCAAGGAAGAAAGCAGAUUUAUUGCGGAGGAUGUCAGCUGGGAGGUAGGAGGGACGGCCUGCCUCGGAUCUGCCUCCCUGAGCAGGGGGCCGGGGUCUUUCUGGAGGUGAAAGGAACGCUGCGCACGGUGAGUGGGCUGCGCUGCGCUUGGGGAGGAGCGCAGGGCGCCCAGGCGCAGUGGGACGUCUCGCUGGUACAUGCAUCGCGUGAUCAAAACCUGGCAGGUACAUCCGUCCCAGCGUGGGAUUUUAUUAAUAGUAUUAUAAUGACUAGGGGUUGAUAUGGGUCAUUCUUUCAGCCUUGUGCACAGGUGGGAUGCGGGCAGUAGGCUGCUCAGCGGGUCCUUGGGCAUGUGUGCUGGGGUGUCACUUGUGUUCUCUGGACACACAGGUGGUGUAAGGCUUUGUAGUUAUGUCCUGGCUGCAAGGAGUUUCUGCCAUUUCUGGGGGAGAAAACUCAAAAGGGAAUGCAUUAGUGCAACAGAAAGUUACAAGUUCUGGUCAGCAAAUCUUACUGGGAACUUGAAAGAGAACUAUAAAAGGCGUUUUUGCUUAUGGAGCCCGUUACAGCCUGUCAUGAUUUCCUUCAUUUUAAGGCUGAAUAGUAUUCCGUUGUAUGCAUAUACCACAUUUUGCUUAAACGGGAU